AUGUUGCUUCCCAAACUUUCAUGUUCCACUUUCUUCUUCUUCAACACCCUUUCUUUCCAUGAAGUGUCCACUCACACUUCACUUGCCCAUCAUAUACUGGUAUUUCUCCUAAGCUCCAAACCCACACUCACCUACUGUAUAUCUCUUCUUGGAUGCCUCACAGCGUUAAACGCAACACACCCCAAAGUGAAGUCAUUCCUGGCUUCACUCCUCCCCUUGUCCCUGCCUGCCAGUCACACGUUCCUCCUGUCUGUUCCUUAUCUCAUUGAAAGGCACCACCAGCUGCCUUACUGUCUCUUCAUUCCCCUCCCCUUUACAUCUUGGUCAAUCACCAAUUUUUACACAAAGAUUUCAGUUCUUCGUUAUCACUUUAACAUUCCUAUUUUUCUUCAUCCCAGCUACCACCACCAUCUCUUACCUGAAUUAGCAGGAGCCUGUCUCCUACCUGGUGUUCCUGACUCCAGUCAGUUUCCACUGCCACGUGCCCACCAGAGUGAUCUUUAUAAAAUGAAAACAAAACUUUGUGGCACUCUCCCUCUUAAAAUUCUUCACUGA